AUAAUCUUGUAUUUGUAACCAGGGUUGGAUCUCUACCUUGACUGCUGGUCGAGUUCUGGUAAUACCCAUUUGUUUGCUACAACGCAAGGGCUUAUCUGCGAAGCUCAGCAACGAAGAAGUCAAAUAUUUGUGUCGCGAUGGUCGAAGUAGCCCUAAAAGGACUAGGAUAUAUAAUUACUGCUCUGACCACAAGUCACAGCUUGACGUCUCUUCUGGGUCAGAAUGUCUUUUGUUCGUCUUGGUGAUUCCCAAUAUUGUGCACGUUAUUUGUGUUCCAUUGCUUUGUUUAUGCUCAACUUCUGCAACGCUCUGCAUGUUUACGGUAUUCUGGAUUUCACGCCUACGUCUAGAUUCACGUUGAGUGUAGCUGAUUCAUUUGUUCUUGUAACUGCCGGCAUGCGGUCAAUAACGAAAGACAAACAACGCUGUGCCAGGCACCUGGGAGUGGCGCACUGCAAGGGAUGGGCAAGGGAUGCGGUUGAGGCCUGUCAAAAAUACCCGACCAUGCUAGCCAUAUUUGAAUUGGAGCAAACUUCGCACCAUGAAUUACCGUGAGUCAGUUCAGAAGAAGCCACUACUGCUCCUGAGGAUGCGAAUGUUCG